GAAUCGUGGACGAGGGCUGGCCCAGCGGACAAAUCACAGACGGCGAGAGGCGGUCUGGGGUAUAUAAAGGGGCAAUCGCGCGCGCGCGGCCAGACGACGCCUGGUGAGGCCGUGAGCUGGAUGGUGGCGUGUGCUGCUGUGGCCACUCAUCCUCCGAUUUCGCUGGCAGUGCCCAUGACAUCUUGCGCACUGACCGUUGAGCAGCUCAAGCAACAUCUCCUCGCCGCCAUCGAAAAUGGAAAGUGUGAGGUUGCAUGUGAUGUUCUGUCGGAGCUCGAAAAGUCCUCUAUCACCAAGGAAAUUCUCGAGUGUGAGUGCAUCGUUCAGGUCCGGCCAGCUUCGAGCACAACGUCCUCUGCCAAUGGGACGCCGAACAUGGUGUCACCUAGCAUUGCCAAGUUGUCACGUAGAGUUACUCCGUGCACACCAGUAAACAGGCGGAUCACGUCUACAGGUCUUGCAGGAAGCGCAGCGAGUAGCGCAACAGUCUCACCUGAAAAUGGAAGCUAUGCUCCCAAAGAACUAACUUCAAGUAAUGGAGUUCUACAUAAGUCGCAGUCUGUGGGUUCCGAUCUGGCGCAUCGCGGAGACGAUCCGCGAAAUGGAAAGCGGAAACUUGAUGAUGGAGGCUUGAGCGUAGCGAGUGCACCUUCGUCAGGAAUGAAACGCACUAAGACCGCUAUUGGUUCGUUGGCUUCUCCUGGCACCCCUACGGUUUCGGUACUUGCUGCACGAAAAGCAGUCCAGAGCACAAAGGACUUGGUAGCUGAGCUUAGUCAGAACCUUCCUGAGCACAUGAGCAUUGACUCGUCAAUUCGUGAACACGAAGAGCGAGUGAAACGCGAGCAACAAGAUGAGGAGUACGCAAUGCAGUUGUAUGGUGGGGCAUCAACGAGCACUCCGUACUCACAACCUGAGAGAAAGAAGCGGAAAUAUGAACGUAAAAUGAAGCCGCAAGAGUCAACGAGUGAAUCUACUCCUGUGUCUUCUGUUUCUGGCCGUUUUAUACUUCGUUUACCACGUGUGGCUCCAAUCAAAGAGGAGUUAGAAGAAGAUGAAUCGCAACAAAUAUCUCGUCCGCUGUCUUCCACGACAUCUUCGCGUCCAGAGAGUGCUGCAGCCGGACCUUCCAGUGCCACUGAAAGUCGAAGGAAAGUAGAUUGGCUGGCAAUGUUGCCAUCACUGGAAGAGUUACGAGCUAAGGCGGAUGAAAUGAAGGCACUGCGUGAACAAUCGAAACAGGGAUCACAUCAUCCGACGAAGGCAUACAUUAUCCACGUGAAAGACCGUGAUGUUCUUGCUCUCCCAUACUUGGAUGUUCCGACAGUGCCCGAUUUUAUUCAAUACAGGUAUCCCAAUCCUGCGCAAUAUUACGCAGAAGAGAAUUUUAUUUAUGGCGCUCCGCGUGAGACCUGA